AUGCGCCCAUACAAGCUCGGUAAGGGCUUGUACAAGCCCGUACCUCAGCAGGGGCCGGUGAAAGCCCCUACAGGCUGGCAGGGGCCGUACAAGCUCUAUCUGGGCUCAUACAAGCCCAUAGAGCUCUGUGUGGGCCCGUGCAAUACCAUAGAGACUGGUACCGGCCUGUAUAAGUUUGGUCCAGGCCCGCACAAGCCCGUAGAGCUCGGUUCAGGCCCAUACGAACCUCUAGAGCUCGCACAAAAUGCCUCCCCUCCUUUCUUCUUUCUGAGCCUGGAAAACAGAGCGAAGGAGACAUUGCACAAAGCCUUCUGGGACAGCCUGAAGGAACAGCUCUCAGCUAGUCCCCCAGACUACGCUCAGGCAAUCCAACUGCUACAGGACAUAAAAGAGGCUCUGCUAUCACUGCUGUACAACUGACUGCAAAGCCAAAUUGAAGAAGCCCUGGACAUGGAGUUGAUUAGACGGGAGGCUGAACAUGGGGCUCUGGAUAUCCACAGUCUCACCAUGUACAUCCUUGGCACAAUGGCAGUGCUGUGUGCGCCUGUUCGAGAUGAGGAAGUACAAAGAUUGCAAAACCUAACAGAUUCAGUUCAAAUUCUUAGGAAGAUUUUCCAGGUGUUGGACCUGAUGAAAAUGGAUAUGCUGAUUUUUACCAUCCAGAGCCUCCACCCCCACUUGCAGGACCACUCUGUCCAGAACGAACAGAAGAAAUUCCAGGAACUCUUAGAUAAGCUGCCUAAUAGCCUGGAUCACACAACAGAGUGGCUCUGCAAAGCAGCAGCAGAACUGUCUGUGUCCUCUUCACAAUCUCCAUCCCACCCUACAGUCAGAGCUCGCCUGCCUCACUCUCACAGGGACAGUAGCACAGCUAUGCCAAGUCCCACAUCUGUGCUAAACCGAGGAUACAUGAAUCUGCUCUGCUGGGAACCUGGACCAAAGGAAUAUCCUGAGACACUGUUUAUGGAUCAGACCCAACUGCAGGCAGUACAAUCACAGGUGAAUCAGCUUACCAUCAUAGCUGCAGUCCUGCUAGUGACCUGCAUGUGUGGAAGCACCUUAUUUGGCUCACCAGGGUUUGUAGCUAGGCUGAAGCAGGUAACAAAGGUCCUCUUGGAAGGGCUCUCUUAUACCAGGUAUGAAGAAUCUUUACAAGAUAUAGGCAAUCAAGUGCUCCAGGAAAGUGGCAGGACUCUUUCACAGCUGGGUUAUCCUGCUUUUACCAAUGACAAAUGUGCUUCCCUGAAAGGCCAGAUAAGAAGCAUCGCAGACAAUGCAGUGCAGAGUGUCAUCGAACAGGGGAUUCAUUUAUUCCUCAGCCUUUUCAUUUCCCCUAACGGACAGAAUUCUCUCAAGGCUCCCAAAGGCCUUGAUGCCAUUCAAGAAGAGCUGCUGGAAGUUGGGCACAGGUUUGGAAGUGUGAUCAACCACAACAGGCAGGUGUUUGGACCUUACUACUCAGAAAAUCUCAAGAAAGUGCUUCUCCCAGAGCCAGAACUGGAGCCAGAUGCAGGAACAGACCCUUUCUGA